GAUUAUUAGUUAUAUGAAUUGUAUUGCAAAACAUUGAAUAAUCGCAACAAACAAUGAAAACCAAAAUCAUAAUCCUUUUGGACGAGUCGUUAAGUAUGAGAAAGAAGAGGAAUGAAGUGAUCGGAGGUUUCAAUGCAUUUCUAAGGGAACAGAAGCGCCUGAAGUGCGAUACCUCUCACCUCUAUUUAAUCAAAUUCAAUACAAAUGUCAAUAUUGUAUAUUCAGGUAUUAACGUGACAGACGUGCCUGAGCUGAAGCCAUCCCUAUACAGCCCGUGCGGACGGACCGCACUAUUUGACGCCAUAUCUGAAGGAAUACAUAUCGCAGAGGAAGACGCCGAUGACAUCGAGAACGAGAAAGUGAUUUGUGUUAUCAUAACGGAUGGCGAAGAGAACUGCUCCAAAGACACCACCAAAGAGCAGAUCCGGCGGUUCAUAGCCCAGUACGAGGCGAAGGGGAACUGGGCCUUCGUCUAUAUCGGCAAAAACCCCGAGCGCUGGACCAAAGAGGUCGGUAUGGCCUCAUCG